UCGCUCCGCCAACUCAACCACUCCGGCUCCUCCCAGGGCGAGAAGCUUCCAGGAGCUAGGGUUUCCCGUGCCGGGAUGGCCGUCGCCGACGCGGUGCUGCCCUCGCGGCCGCCGCCGCCGCAGCCCCCGCCGGCGCGGACCGUCGUCGUGCGCUUCGCCCUUGCCUGGAUGCUGGCGCUCGGGCUCGUCCUCUGCGUCGCGGCGAAGGCCCUCGCCUGCCUGGGCUUCGCCACUGCGUGGGUCGCCUCCGCGGCCUCGGCUGCGAAGGUCGUGGCGCGCCGCGCCUGGGGCGAGGGCUCCGCUCCCUUCCUCUUCCUCCAGGCGCUCACGUACGGGGCUCUCAAGGUCUGCGUCUACAACUUCCUUGUGUUGCUCGCGCUUGUCGUCCUGCAGCUGUGCGCCCAGCGCGUGGCCUACGUGAUUGCACCUGUAUCUGGCUCCACUUCGGGAUUCAAGAAGAGCGCCUUAGGAGCAACCAGGCCGGUGUCCGUUGCACGCUUCUUUAGGCUUCUGCGGCCCAUGGUGCUUGGAUUUGUCGCAUACGUGGCCUUUAUCCUGCUAGUGGUUGCUGGUUUUCUGGUAGCAAUGAUGUCGCCACAUGUGGAGGGAUCGAUGUCUCAGGGGGAAGUGGUUGGUUCGGUGAUCAUGGAUGUGGGGAUAUCUGGUGCGCACGCGACAGCUUGCUUUGUUAUGAUGCCAGCUCUCGUUCUUAGUUUCUGGAGGGAGUACCAGGCAGACAGGAAAGCACCAUCGCAGUUCUGUUGAGGCGAAGCUAAGAACAGAAGGUGUCGGAAGAAUUUUGCAAGGAGCUACUGUACCCAUUCUGCUGAUGGUUGGAGUGAUCCCAACAGAUACAAGUUUUCAGGUGAAAAAGAGUCUUUGCAGACUUGCUUGUUUCUAUUAGUAUAUGCGCCGAAUCGUCAUUAGCCAUGAAAAGUUUUGUAGACAUGCUUAUUUCUGCCAGUACUAGAUUGUAAUCGUCAAUAGCCAUGAGUUUGUUGGGGCAUUAUGGGCGUGGCGACAAUAGCCGCGCGACUCCCUUACAAGUUUGCACUAGAUUAUUGGUGUAUGAUGGUGCAAUUCGUUCAUGCUCCCAUUGUAAUACCCUACUGGAAGAAAAUGCUUCCAUGAGACACUGAUCUGGUGAUGAAUUGGUAUCACUGCCACCGUCGGUCUCGGGUUCUUA